UCUACCCACAUUUCAUAACCCAACAAAGGAGGUUUAUUCAAGCGGAUCUCGAUCUCUGCAAAGACAGUGUAUGGACUGCGUUCAUUACAGUUUCGGGUAUAUUCAAAGAACUUUAAAUCUGUGCAGUGUUUGUUGACUUCGUUAAAUAUUUAUAAUGACUUUGUAAACAUCGCCAGGUUUCGUUGAAUUCAAGGAGAUUCUCGACAACACCGAUUUUCGCUUCUUGGUUUCAUAUUUAAAAAAAAAAAAUCAACUCUGUAUAAAUCCUAGGGUAUUGGGAGAGACACACCUUUUAAGUGAAUUUAUUUGACUUCUCCUCGUCCGUUCCCGGGGACGGAGCAAUGGAGGACCCAGGGAGCGACCUGUCCCAGCUGGACAAACUGACCGAAGAGUCCAUACUUGAGGCGGUCAAGAACAGAUACCAGGAGGAUAAAAUCUACACCAACGUUGGAGACAUCUUAAUAGCAGUCAACCCGUUCAAGGAACUACAGAUCUAUGACAAAAAGAAUCAUGAGAAAUACGGAUGGAAAGACUUUCGGACGGACUUACCUCCACAUGUUUUCCACGUGGCGGCGCGGGCGUACGGCAGAAUGCGCCAGAAACAGUCCAACCAGAUAAUUCUGGUUUGUGGCGAAUCUGGUGCAGGUAAAACCGAGAGCGCCAAAUACAUGGUGCAACAUUUCAUGCAGAUGUGUCCUGAGGACUCAGGCGACCUCCAUGACAGAAUAAUUAGGGUAAACCCUCUGUUAGAAAGUUUUGGGAAUGCAAAAACAGUGAUGAAUGACAACUCAAGCAGAUUUGCCAAAUUCCUGGAAUUGAGUUUUAGAAAUGACGGACAAGUGACAGGAGCGUCAAUCAGAGACUACAUGUUAGAGAAAUGUCGGGUAGUUGGAAGAAAUGAAGAUUGUGGCGAAGGGAACUUCCACAUAUUCUAUGGAAUGUUUGCGGGCCUGUCACAACAGGAAAAACAAGAUCUAUUUCUCCUAAAACCAGAAAGUUAUGGUAUUCUAAAAGGAAGCAUUGAAAGAUUGAAAAUGACUAAACACUACGAAAACCAGUACAAAGAAAACAUGGAGACUUUGAAAAAGAUCGGAAUGACGGAGGCCGAUAAAAAGGUGAUGCACUGUAUGCUUGCCGCCAUUUUGCAUCUCAGUCAAAUAGAGUUUCGUGAGACGGAGUAUACAUCAGGACAGCUGGACAUAGCUGACACAAAGCUCGUUGAUCAAGCGGCCACUUUGUUGGAGGUUAGCAGUGAGGCGUUGGGGGUCGCCCUGAUUUCAUCCACAACCAUUAUGGCGGGUUAUGGUACAACAGGUGAAGAAAUCAUAGUGUAUAAGAGUCUAGACCAAGCAAAGGACGGCAGAGAUGCUCUGGCGAAGCAUAUGUAUGAGAGACUGUUUGGUUGGAUCGUAAAGAAAAUAAACACUAACCUCCAUCCACACAAGUCAAGAUCACAAACAAAAGUUGCAGAGAUUGGAAUUCUAGAUAUAGCCGGAUUUGAAAACCUACAAACCAACAGUUUCGAACAGAUGUGUAUUAACAUGGUCAAUGAACGACUACAGUACUUCAUGAAUAAUGUGGUGCUUAUCCAGGAGAAAAAGAUUUACGAGUCGGAAGAAAUACCGUUUGAAAACGUUGAUUUUAAGGACAACAUGAACAUCAUACAGAUGUUCGAAAUCUCGAAAAUUGGCAUAUGGCCAAGUUUAGACGAAGAAUCCAAAUUUCAACAAGGAACGGAUUCUAAGUUUGUUGAAAGACUGAAGAAAAAUUUCCCAAAAGGACAUGCAUACAGUCCCCUUUUGACAUUUGCUCGAGGCGAUCGGAUAGGAUUUGGCGUUAAACAUUUUGCUGGAGCAGUAUGGUACAAUUGUGAAAAAUUUCUGGAGAAGAAUCGAGACACUUUGAACAAAGAUAUUGAGGACGUGAUGAAGAGCAGUAAAGAUGACUGUAUUGCUGAUUUGUUUUCAGUGCGGAAAGGAGACACUGGAACGAUAUCGAACACUCAAUACAACAUCCGAGCGUCCCGGAAAGUGCCAGGCCUUGGCGUAUCAAUCAGAGCCAAGACUGACCAAGGGGGGUUGCAAGGAGUGGACCUCGGUAGAACGCUCAAAGAAAAAUAUGGAAAAGUAGGCAAGCCAACAGAACUGAUAUACAUGCCAAGAGAUUCCAAGACUACCGUCAGCUAUUUUCAGAAAUCGAUUUCUCAAUUACUGUCCAAAAUGCGGCAUGCAGAUUCCUUUUUCGUUCGUUGUAUCAAACCCAACCUACACAUGGCUCCCGAUCAGUUGGAGGAAACAUUGAUCAGAGGACAGCUGAAAUACAAUGGUAUUUCAGAAAUUUGCAGAAUCCGAAAAGACGGCUAUUCCUCAAGGAUCUUGAUCGAGGAUUUUAUUAAACGGUACAAGCCACUGUUUUCCUUCAAACAGUCUGGCAAUAAGGACAUGGUCAAGACUAUUUUGGAUGGAACCCUUCCUGUUGGUCUUAGAGACAAAUACCACAUUGGAAAACACAAGGUGUUUAUGAAGGAAAGUGUUAAUUCGCACAUAGAGAGAGUCCACUUCAUCAGACAAAAAUGGGCGGCAUCUGUGAUAGCAGAAGGGUUAAAAAAGAACUGUGAAGUUCAAAAGAGAGAAAGAUUGAAGAAAGAACAAGAGGAGAAAGAAAGGAAAAGAAAGUUGGAAGAAGAAAGAAAACGAAAAAAAGAGGAAGCGGAGAGGAACAGAAAGACAGAAGACCGGCAAGGAAAAGACAGAGAGAGGACAGCAGGGAGUUCUUUUAAGAACAGUGGGUUUGGGAGUUCAUCUAACGGUAUCGGUAGCAGCUAUAGAAGAACAGCUCAUGAUAGCGAUAGUGACGAUACGGACAAAAACGAGAGUGAUGAAGAACCCAUCGACACACAAAGAUUUAAAGAUCUAAGGGGUACCAAAAAAUUGAAAGAACGAGAGAAAAUUUCGUCUAGCACAGAGUCAUCUUCCGGUUCCGGUUCCUAUGAUCCUCCCCCUCCUACCCUUCCUCCCCCUCCUACCCCUCCACCCCCUCGGCGGGGAUCGGUGAAGAAAGAGCAACCAGGCCCGCCGCCGAAAGAAAAAACAAAUUUCUGGGACAUAUUCCAAAUUAUUGCUCGUGAGAAGAAAACACAAGAUGUCCACACCCACACAAGCUUAAGGAUCUUAAAAGUUCUGACAUACAUUGCCCUGUUUCUGAUGCUACUGGCGUGUCUGGUUAUUCAAAAAAUCAGCCUCGCAACCCUGAUAUCCGAGCUCCGACCAGAUAGGGAAGGCGAUCAUGAUACGACUGAACCGGUUUCAAAAAGGACAAAAGAAUCCAGCGUUCGCUAUAUGCUGACACUGAUAGCUGUGUGUACGCCUUAUCUUCUCAUCUUUAUUGUCAGUGUAUGGAGAUCCCUCUUUGGAAAUAUUCCUUUUCCUUCAAUUUUCAGUAUUAUAACGUGUGUAGUUAUUGAGAUUUUUCACUCUAUUGGACUGUGCUUGCUGGUCUUCCAUCUCCUACCUGACCUUGGAGCAGUACAAGGGAUAGGAUUAUUGAGUGCUGUGGCCAUUUUUCCAAGUCUUCUCAAACCACUAUUUUCCAACGAUGCAGACAAUGAUAAAGAGAGCCACAGGGUCAUUCGAAAAAUCUUUUGUUUUGUCUUGGAUUUGUUGGCUUUCUUUGUCCAGUUGUCAGCCAUUCCUGUCCUAAUAGUUCCUUAUACGCAGUAUAUUCAUGGCAACGAUACUCACACUGUAAAUGAGGUUGGGCCCCUAAAUUCGACGUCACCUGGAUUUGAAAUGAGCACACCUUUUGAAAGUGUUAAGAUUGUUGGGGCUCUUCUACUGUGCUCCCUGUCUUGGUGGGAAAAUUUCAUCGAUGACAAAGUUUCCUGGAGCAAAAUGAGUCGGGUUAAGCAAGUAUUUUUCAAGCUGAAAUUUGACUUACAAGAAAGUAGACCUUUCAUUUCUUUGUUUGUGGCAUUUUUUAAAGUUGGGACAUCAGUACUUUUUGCCUAUCUCUUAAUGAAAGACCCACUUUCAUUUGAUUUCAAAGAAAACUUUAAAGUGGUUGGAAAUUAUGAAGGUGUAAAGCUGUAUUCGGACAUUUUAGCUUUGGUCUUGUCUGGCUACGUUGGGUAUUAUUUGGCUUAUACUGUCUGCAAGCUUAAGAUGCAAAGAUUGUCUUUCUCAAUUCCUUGUUUUUUGUCAACCCCGAUAGCCAUGACUGCAUUGAUGUUCGAAUGUAACUUAGACUUAAAAUUUGUUUCGACUGUUUCAAAACACAGUUUGUCGACAAGUUGUGACGACAACAUUUUUAUGCCUUGGCAUCAUGUCCCUCUCGCUGCUCUUUGGUUGCUUUCUUUAUAUUGGGUUGCUAGACACAUUUGGUUUCCGAAACAAGAAAGACUCGCCAAAGUAGAAAGAUUAUUUGUGAAUCCUCUGUACUGUGGAAUUCUUUUGGAACAACACCUGGUGUUAAACAGGAAGAGGCACAACCGUCGUAUCGUCAUUGACCAACAAAACAACGAAUUUAAGUUGACAGCAACCGACCAGAAGUCAGGAUCUACUGAAAAGACGAGUGAGAUGGCCAAAGAAAUACCACCGAUGAUAUAUGCAUGUGCUACCAUGUGGCACGAAAACAGAUUGGAAAUUGUCCAGAUUCUUAAAUCCUUGUUUAGGAUGGAUAAAGACCAGUUUAUGAGAAAACAGGCUUAUGCAAUGGCGGGAUAUAAAAAUAUGCAAGAAAUAGAGUACUAUGAGUUUGAAGCUCACAUACUUUUUGAUGAUGCCUUUGAGCUGAAUGAUGAUGAAGAAAUGGUCCCGAACAGUUUUGUUAAACUUUAUGCUUCUCUAAUGAAUGAGGCAGCCAGUGCUGUUCAUUCUAAGUAUAUAGAGCUGCCUCCACCUUUCGUCAUUCCUUCGAAGUAUGGAGGACAAGUGAUUUUUACAAUGCCUGGGGGGAAUCUGAUCUACACACAUCUCAAAGACAAAGUGAAAAUAAGGCACAGGAAAAGAUGGUCACAAGUAAUGUACAUGUAUUACUUGCUUGGAUACCGAAUUGUAAAAGAGUGUCAAACUGUUGUGUUAAAUGCCUUGGAAACCCAGGAUCCAACAAAACUUGCAGUAUGGGGUGACCGAUUAAAUAAAGCUACGGGCAUAACGGGAAAAAGUGAAAUUUUUCAAAUGUUGGACGAGGAGGUCUUAUUUAGGGCUGAAAAUACUUUUUUGCUGGCUCUCGACGGGGACGUGGAUUUCACACCUGGUGCAGUGAGAUUACUAUUGGACAGAAUGAAAAAGAAUCAGCGAGUGGGAGCUUCCUGUGGGAGAAUACAUCCCAUCGGAAGUGGCCCAAUGGUGUGGUAUCAGAAGUUUGAGUAUGCCGUCGCUCAUUGGCUACAGAAAUCCACAGAGCAUGUACUUGGCUGUGUGCUGUGCUCUCCGGGAUGUUUUAGUUUAUUCCGCGGCUCCGCUCUGAUGGAUGACAAUGUAAUGAGGAAAUAUACCAUUUUACCGACCGAAGCUUCCCAUCAUCUUAUGUAUGACCAAGGUGAGGACCGCUGGUUGUGCACUCUUCUGUUACAACAAGGUUACAGAGUAGACUAUGCUGCAGCAUCAGAUGCUUUCACGUACGCCCCAGAGGGCUUUAACGAGUACUUCAACCAGCGCAGGAGAUGGACGCCUUCAACUAUAGCUAAUAUUUUGGAUCUUCUGCAGGAUGGCAGGAACACAGUUGCAUCAAACAAUAACAUUAGUUGGCUGUACAUCGUCUAUCAAGCUGCUUUAAUGGUUUCCACCAUCAUUGGUCCAGCAACUGUGUUGAUGAUGAUCGCCGGGGCCCUACUUACUGUCUUCAGCAUAGACCUGACCACCUCCUACAUUAUAUCUCUAAUCCCAGCAAUAAUAUUCUUUAUCAUUUGCUUUGUCUUCGAUACCAAGAUUCAAUUAAUUGUAGCUCAAAUUCUUAGUGGGGUUUACGUUUUCAUUAUGAUGGUGGUUUUUGUUGGGGCAAUCAUUACUGCGGUCACCUUAACGCCUUACCAUCCAAGUGUUAUCUUCUUAUCUGGACUAGUUUUCAUUUUUCUGAUAGCGGCAGCAUUCCAUCCAAGAGAAUUCCAUAACUUGAUUUUUGGAAUUCUCUAUUUUCUUUGGGUGCCAUCUGGUUUUCUUGUGCUGAUUAUAUAUUCAUUGUGUAACCUUCAUGUUGUAUCCUGGGGAACACGUGAAGUUCCAAAGAAAAAAACCAAAGCUGAACUUGCAAAAGAAGAAGAAGAGAAGAAAGCUAAAGAGGAACAAAAGAAGAAGGAAUCUUUUUGGAAUAAGUUUUUUCCUUUUUUCACCUUGGUCCAAGACUUAAAACAAACAAUUACUGAAAAAGUGACGUCAGAUAAAGGCAAAGAGCACGAUAAACUAACGGAAGUGUUGAUUAAAAUGAACGAAAAUUUAGAAAAAAUUACUAAAAAGAAAGAUGAUGGUGUUGAAUUGGAAAAUGUAGUGGUGGAAGAAAACAAACCUAAGAAAAAGGAAAAGAAAUCAGUCCGGUUUUCAGACAAAAACGAAGAGAAAGAAUUGGAGGAAUUUGAUGAGGAAACAUAUAUGGAACAGAAAGUAGAAAAAAAGAAAAGGGAUGACCUGGUUAACCCUGCUUGGGUUGAAGACGAAACUUUCAGCGGUGGUGAAUUGAUGCAAAUGAAUAUUGAGGAAAGAAACUUUUGGGAAGGGUUUGUCAAUAAGUAUUUGUAUCCUCUUGAAAAAAAUAAAGAAAAGGAAAAGAAAGACUUAGAAAAUUUGAUGGAGCUAAGGAAUAAUGUGUGUGGAGGAAUGGCCCUCAUCAAUAUUUUGUGGGUUGCUAUCAACUUCAUGUUUCAAUACAAGAAACCAACAGUCAUUGAUAUUCCACUGUCUUAUGGAAAAGAAGAGGAGGAUUUGGAUAAGCAGCAAGCUGAAAAUGUCCUCAAAGUUGACGUCGUAGGACUGAUGUUCAUUAUCUUUUUCCUUUUUAUACUUCUCAUCCAGUUUUUGGGAAUGAUUGUUCAUAGAUGGGGGACAUUUAUGCAUCUCAUAGCUAUCACUGAAAUUCCAAGUCCGUUUGGAAAGACUGUAGCUGAUGUAGAAAUGUCUGGUGAUUCGUUCAAGAAGGGAAAGGGAAAAAUUGCGCUGGAAUUUUGUGAAAAAAUGAUGACUGAACCAAUGCCUGAUUAUCCAAGUGAUGAUGAAUCUAUUGAAGAAAACAGAAAACAACAAGAACGAGAUUUAGUCCGUGAACAAAUAAAAAAUAAUGCAGAGACAGGCACAAAAGACAGAGCUGGUCAACUUAACAUUGGAGCAUCAUUACGAAAUACAAUGAUGGGGAGGGAAAGUAUGAGGGAAUCGUACUCUAACCAACUUCGCCGGUCAGCGCAUCAAGUGUCAAUGGAUAAUGCAGAUUUCUUGAAAAAAUCUGUAAAAUACCUUGAAGAAGCGAAGUUACCAAAAGAAGAUAAAGCUACUGGUGUAAGGUACAGGAAAAAGGGGCAGGUUUUAAACCCCAACAUUGGUAAAACGUUACCAGAAAAUGAAAGUUCUGGCGUUAGAAGGUUUGGAUCUACAGCUCCUGCGCAGAGAGAUUUCAUGGAAAAGAUACAGAAAAAUAGAAGUAUUGCAGAGAAAUAUAAAUUAAAUGCAUCUCAAAGAAAUGUAGGAGAGAAUUUGGGCCAGUCUUUCAGAGGCGGUGAAAGUGUAAACAUGGAGGACGAUGACAUUUACGAUGAGAUACCCGCCUCAGGGACUCUCGGUCGAAUGUGGGCCAAGAAAUUACGCAAUUUUAACCAGCCUUCUUCUACUCAACGGAAUGGAAGAAACAGUGGAUUUAACCAGUUACUUAGCUGAGUAGGUACAGUCCAAUUCUGCAAAUUGACAAUCCUGUUUGGGACCAGAAAGUGUUUACUAUUAUCUAAAGGAAAAGUAAAUAAACUAUUUUCACAAAGAAAAUAUUCUAUUAAUAUGUCAUUCUGGAUGUUAAUUUUUAGGCUGAUUGUCAAAAGAUUACACAUGCAUGUAAAUUUGAUCUUCGCUCCUUAAUUUAUUUCUGUUUUUACCAUUUAUAUUGUUAUGCUGACUGGACUAAGUAGGUUUUAUAUUUUAACGAACAUUAUUGCCUAUGUAAAAUAUGUAGUUUGUGAAUAUUGUUGAAAUUUGUGAUUAAAAUGUCUAUGUUACCCAAUUAAACCAUGUAAAACAAUCAAAUAUAUUUUUGAAACAAUGAAUUUAAAAAGAUUUAUCGAUAAAAUUUAUUUUUAAAAUUACAAAUAACAAGAAAGAUACCAUGGGAAAACUUUUUAACAUCUAAAUGAAACUAGUAGUGGUAUUUUUACUAUAAUCCUAUAAUUGUGUUUCUUCCAGUUAAUGUUUGCCCCAAAUAUGUGCAGCCGUCUAAUAAAAAAAACUUAUAUGACAGCUACAGAUAACUUAUUAGAGGGUUGCAGGACAAUAGAAAUUUUUCGGAAUCGGUUUAACAAAAGAUGACGUCACAAAAAUGUUUUAAGUGAAUUUCUGGAUAUGGAGGGUGGGAAUGCUUUGUCAUAUUUUGAUUUGAUUUGUGGUAACAAGUUAUUAAUAUGAUAAAGCGGGUAAAAUCUUACGUGAUUCUGAAAAAUAAAGUAAAUACUAGUAUAUAUCAUAAUGUAUAAUUUACUAGUUUGUAGUGUUUCUCCCCUGUAUCGCACUACCUGUGUUAUUCUUAAGGUGUUAAACAAUAAAUUUAUUUAUUCAUUUGCAAA